CGCGCGGUCCCUCGGGGCAGUCUUUUCUCCAGAGGACUCUCCUAGUGGAUGCCAAGACCUGCCUCUACUGCGACCCUUUUCCCAAUCUUUUUGUCGCUCCCACGCCCCCUUAGCCCGUGAUCUUUUCCUUCCCAGAUGGGCUUCCGGCGUCCACCCUUCUCCACUGAUUUUAUUUUUCUGUUUCCAAAUCACAUCUGUCUGCCGGCCUUGUCGAAGCUGUGCCAGAAGCGGGAAAUCUCCUCUUGGUUGGCCCGAUGGUUCCCCAAAGAACCAGCCAAGCCCGUGGUGGCACAGAAAACACCCAUAAAGUUGGAGCUUGUUGCAGGAAAAACCUACAGGUGGUGUGUAUGCGGCCGAAGCAAGAAACAACCCUUCUGUGAUGGCUCCCACUUCUUCCAGCGCACCGGCCUUUCUCCGCUCAAGUUCAAAGUCCAAGAGACUCGCACAGUGGCCCUGUGUACCUGCAAGGCCACCCAGCGUCCUCCUUACUGCGAUGGUACCCACAAGAGCGAGCAGGUACAGAAAGCAGAAGUGGGCUCCCCACUCUGAGGGGUCCCGUGGCUCCUGGCCCGCUGCAAGCUUCCCCUCUGUGACGGCCACAGUGCUGAGGCAUGGAGAAAGGGCUCCAAGGACCGUGGCUGCUGUUAGCAACUGUCCCCUGAAAACCCUGUCUCUCCUGUUACACAUUUGAGAGCAGGCCUCCUGGGUCCCCUGGCAAAGCUGUCAUUAAACAGUGAGACCACCCUCUGAGCGUCCCUGUGGUCACUGGGAAGCCUCCCACCGCCUCUUGCAAGAGCAUGAUCUGUGGAGACAGAGCUGGCCAAAGCGGGGCCAUUCAGAUCUACUCAGUCAGCACGGUAGGGCUAGGGAGCACCUCCUCCCUCCUCCCUUUGCCCCAAAGAACCACAGGCUCAAGAGUAUGCAGCAUUUAUUACAAAACCAAGAGAUACAAAUGACCCAGGACAGGUGGGUACAGUCACAGAACCUCAGACUCAGGACAUGGUGGAAAGAGACCCCACGGGCUCAGGACCUCACAUACUUGAGCCAAUACCCUGGUCUCCUCCCCUCCCUUCCCCCCAUCUAUGUACACUUGAGGAAAACCAGGUAGGCAAGGUCGGCCCCUAGUAGGUGGUCCACUAGGUAGAGUGGGGUCAGCUUCCACUUGAUUUCCUUGUGCUUCUAAUGCCUCUGUCCUGUCCCCGCUUGGCCUCGGCUAGGGGAGGGGAAAUGGACUAGAAAGCUGUUGGCCUUUGGCAGAACUCAAGCCUGUGCUUGUCUGGGGUUCCACACCCCAACCCUUCACUCUAGGCCCCCAUUGAAGUGUUACCUCCAGUCUUGCUAGUAGGGGUUCCUGGGUCAGGGUAGGGUAGAAGUAAAGUCACACAUAGACUUUGCAGAGCUGGGGUCUCCCCACAGCCUGAAUCUUCUCCAUAAAGACAAAAAUGAUGGACACAAAGGCCACACACAGGAAAAAAGAAAAAAAAAGAAGGGGGGCGGGG